AUGGGCCCGGUUAAGCGUUUGCUCAUUCUGAGCAUCAGAAUGACCGGUAAAACUUUGAGAGUUGCGCUUAUCCAGCUUAGCGGUUUUCCAACCAAACGGGAGGCGAUCGCUAAUGCUCAGAACCAGGUACGAAUUGCCGUUAAGGAGAAGGGCGCCCAGUUGGUGAUCCUACCGGAGUGUUGGAACUCCACCUACAGUGCCGGAGAAUUCAGGAAGAAUGCGGAACAGAUCCCCAAUGGAGACACCAGUGCGGCUUUGAGUAAGAUUGCGGCCGAGUUGGGUAUCUAUCUGAUCGGUGGAACGUUCCCGGAGGAAGAUGGUGGCCGGAUCUAUAACACUUGCACCGUUUGGGGCCCGAAGGGUGAGUUCCUGGGCAAGUACCGGAAGAUGCAUCUGUUCGAAAUGGACAUCCCUGGCAAGUGUACCUUUAGUGAGCCAAGCACCCUGACUCCGGGAAAUCAAUUUCUUACCUUCAUGAUUGGAGAUCUGCGCAUCGGAAUCGGUAUCUGCUACGAUCAGCGUUUCGCAGAGUUUGCUGCUAUCAAUCGGCAGUUGGGGGUGGACUUCCUGGUGUUCCCAUCGGCCUUUGAUACCUACACCGGUCCAAUGCACUUCGAGCUGAUCGCCAGGGCUCGGGCACUGGACAACAGCAUGUUUGUAGCUCUUUGUUCCCCAGCCAGAGACACCACUCAGGAUUACGUGGCCUAUGGCUAUUCGACGAUAUGUGAUCCCUGGGGAAGGGUGCUGUGUUGCGCUCAGGAGAAACCUACCAUGUUGGUGCAGGAUCUUGAUUUGAAUAUGCUCAACGAGAUAAAGACGCAGAUUCCGGUAUUGCGCCAGAAACGCUUGGAUAUGUACGAGUUGAAUGUGAAGAAAUAA